AAGGAGAAAGGCGGGCCGGUUACGUAGGAAGCAUUCACCUUGUUGUGAGCUGGUAACUUGCAUCCAACGAGAAAGUAACUCUGCUUCUGACUGUCCCAAGAGAACUCCAAGACAAACGUGGUAGUGCAACUCGUGUUUUGCCUCUAAAGUGGUAUUUAUUGCGAGUCGUGAUAAAAUAUCUGUGAUAUUUGUGAGCUAUGCUAAGUUAUUAUGUGGGCAUACAUACAUCGCGUUCUUUGCAUUCGCAGAGAAAACAUGAAGAUAAAUUGUUGUGUGCUAGAUCUCCGUCUGAAACGAGAAAUGGGGUUACUGUGGAAGGAGCGACACAUAAACAAGUGGUGGAUCUGAUUAAGUCAGGGGGAGAUGUACUCACUCUCACAGUUAUUUCUGUUACACAGCAAGAAGCAGAGAGGCUGGAGCCAACAGAGGAUCCGACAGGUUAUACAUACAUUGACUACAGUGAAAAACGAUCUCUACCCAUCUCGGUACCAGACUACCACUACUCAGAGAAAGCAGGCGAGCGUUAUGUGGUGUUCAAUAUUUACAUGGCUGGGCGACAUCUUUGUUCACGGCGAUAUAGGGAAUUCUCAAACCUACAUCUUAACCUAAAGAAAGAAUUCAUUGGCUUUAACUUUCCUAAACUGCCUGGCAAAUGGCCCUUCACGCUUAGUGAACAACAGCUGGAUGCAAGGCGUCGAGGCCUUGAACAGUACCUGGAAAAAGUAUGUGCAGUGCGUGUGAUUGCUGAGAGUGAUGUGAUGCAGGAGUUCCUUACUGAUGCAGAUGAUGAGCAGGGUAAUGUGUCUCCAGUAGACCUGAAAAUCCAGCUGCCAGAUCGAGAAGUUGUCACUGUUACCGUCCGCAAGAGCUCCGACACUGAAGAGGUGUAUGCAGCCGUCAUUGAUAAAAUUAGAAUGAACAAGAAUACUGCUAAAUAUUUUUAUCUCUUUGAGAUUGUCGAAUAUAAUUUUGAGAGAAAACUUCAGGCCACAGAGUAUCCUCAUAACCUGUAUAUCCAGAACUACAGCACCGCAACAUCUACGUGUUUGGUUGUACGAAAAUGGCUGUUCUGUCUGUCCUGGGAACUUGGUUUGGCUGCUGAUGACCAGGCAACUAUGUUCAUCUUCUGGCAGGCUGUAGAUGAUGUAAAUCGAGGGCAUAUUAGAGCAGAUGACAGGUUAUAUCAGCUAAAAGCUCUUCAAGAUGCAUCAAGAAAAAAUGAGUAUCUGCAGUUAGCGCGUGAACUCACAGGUUAUGGAGAGGUAGUAUUUCCACAUUGUUCUUGCGAUUCUCGUAAAGAGGGGCACGUAAUUGCUUCAGUUGGUGCCGCUAGCUUUAAAUUGGAAGCCUGUAGAGAGGAUGGAGCCCUUGAGUCCCAAGUGGUAGAAUUUGCAUGGACAAGCAUUAAAGAAUGGGAUGUGGAUGAUGAAGCCAUGGCUUUCUGUUUCCAAUACCAGCGUCCUGAGAAGAACCCCCGCUGGGUCAAGAUCUUCACACCCUAUUAUAUCUUCAUGUCAGAUUGCUUUGAGAGGAUAAUGGAAGAGAGCAAAUGGGCGGACACGGGCGAAUGACAUCAGGCAGUUUGCUAGUUACUGACUGGUUCACUGCAUCGCUUCCAGCCGUUUGUUAUUAGAUCACUUUUGUGCUCACUACCCACCUGUGUACCCAACUGAUCUGGAGACUGCAGUGCGCUGUACUCGACUUUCAGGAAAGUCUCGCGUCUCACAUAUUGCAUGUUACAACCGCCUAAUUCUGGCCCACAUCCGGAAUUUGGUAUACUUUAACUUCUUAAUGAAACUCAUUUGGUCUUGGCGGCAUCACGAGGGUAAGGAGUGCGUAGGCCUGCCGCGCUAUGCUCAUCUCGCCCAGUCGGUCUGUGCACUUGACUGGGUGCCUCUGUUCGACAUUGUUCGGCCCAGUUUUAGCAAUAGGUGUUAUUUGUUGAGUUGAAAUUCAGAAUGCCCAUUAUGUUACAGCUUUCGCAGGAACAGAUAGAUUGGAUAUUUCAAGUUUACGAUUGUAUGCAUUAGUCUCAUUGGUUGUCCUACGGUUUAUGUGGUGUCUUAUAAUUACCGGCAAAAAUACUAAAUUGUCUGAUUUUAGUCCAAUGCUGUAAACGUUCAAAUCCAACAUGAAAUUCAUGAGGGGGAGACUUCCAAUAAAUCAAAAAAUAAUAUUAAUAAUCCACUUCUUCUUCUUCCUAAGAUGUUUCCGCUUUAUGUGGGUCAUCUGGAUGUUAAUAAUUAUAAUAAUAACCACGUGAGAGUAAAAAAUUUUGUAAUGUGCCUUUAUAGACUGAAGUGCAUGCGAUGCUGGUUCAGUGCUGGGAUGAAACUGUUAUUUCAAUCUUUCUGUUCCUAGUUUCUUAUUUUGAACAAUCUUCAUGUGGAUGGCUGUCUUCUGGGUUGAAGUGUCUUGUUGUCUGGUAGAAGUUUACCGUGCAAUGAGGCCCGAUGCUGGAGGCAGCAAGGACCUCUGAAACAUUAGUAAACUUCUACCAGAAUACGCGGUGCUACGCCUCAGCAGAUGGCCAUCUUUGUAGUCUCAACUGUGAGAAACUCGGAUCCAACCUUCGUGAGAUCAGAUUUCAAAUAGCUUGUCUGGUCUUGUAUUAAGUGUAUAGUACCCUAACAAUAGAACCAAUCAAAAAAGAGUAUUUCUACAUAUGCCAUUGGUUCUUUACCUGCAUAUUUUCAGCAGAAAGUUUUUAGGUUUAAAAAGAUGCCCGCUGUUUCAUUUGGUGCUUCAGCUUUGUUCUGCAGGCAGUAAUAAAUUCUUUUUCUCCUCAACCCAGUGCUGAGACUGACUUGACAUUCUACUUCUUGACCUGACAACGAGGAGCACGUCAAUUUAUAAACAUAAACACGUACUCACGUUGACCUUCCUACUUGCGCACCUUAGCUGCAGUGACGACAGUUUGUGUAGAUUUGUUAGGUAAAGUCUAUUUUAAGACAAGGCAGCAUAUUGUAAAAAAAAUUCUUCGUUAUUAUGUACCAGCGUGUCGUUUAAAUUGUUUUCAGUUGUUUUAUUGCGAUUGGUUUGUUAGAAUCUGUACACGUGAGAGUAACGGUUGAGCAUCGUUACAAAUCGAAGCAUGCCGCAGAAAGUGAAUAGGCGCACGUGUUCAUAUAGCGUUUAGUUUGUAUUGCUGUCUGUUGUGGGUAGAAAUGUAUUUUUAUCAUCAUUGUAUAUUGUAUAUAUUUUUUGCGCUACUUGGAGAUAUAUAUCACCAUUCAGAAGUAAUCUUCACAUAGAGUGAUGCAGUCUUUUUCUGUUAAACGGCGUUUUCUGGUAAACCAGACGGUGACUCUGCCCCCAACUACAGUAGCGUAACAGCUGUCAUAUAGUGGAGUGAAAUCACUGCAAUAAUAAUCGUAAUUGUUCGAUACCGUAGAUUAACGGACACCGUAAUAGAGAAAUUUCUCAUCAUUCUUCAUCGGUUGCAUUUGCCAGUUGUGGGUUAUUUCAGUAAAAUGAGUACUUCUGAUGUAAAUUAUAAUCAUUUUUAAUAUUAUAAUUUUAUGUACCAUGUAUUCACACUGUAUAUAUAUAUAUACAUAUAUUGUUUGUAUAAUAUGAAUAUGGGAUAAUCAGUUAUUAUUGUGUAAAUAAUAUAUGCAGUCUGUAUUCUAAGGUAAAUCGAUAAUUACGCGCGUAGAUCGUGAAAUCCUGUAUAUUUAUAUUGCGACUGUAUCUCGGAUGUUGGAUGCUGGCUGCUGCUCGGCAGCGAGACGUCUUCGGUACUCGGGGGCACACGCAGGUGGUCUGGUACGAUUUAGGGUUGGAGGUGUAAGGUAGCUACACUGAAUGUCGGCAAAGCUCAGGCGGUGAUCUCACCGAUGGUAAAUAACAACACUAGUAAGUAAUAUAUACUGCUCUGUGUUUCUGUACAAGUAAGUAAUCGCACAGAUGCGCUUCAUACUUCGUUCGACCUUCAUUAUUAUAAUUAUAAAUCAGAUCGACAUGUCAGUUCUUAGGAGGAGCAUUUUAAUUGAAGUCUUACAACCCUUCAUGCCACGUGGAUACGAAAUCCUGAAGACCGACUUCGUUUGUGCACUGUUUAUUUGUUUUGUUGUUGUAAAACAAAUAAACAUUGUAGACUGGAAGUUGGUUUAGAAGAUUUCAUGAAUUGAAUAGUACUUGCAUCCUGAAUCCUGAAAAUUUGGAGAAGUUCUGCACGGGAACAGUUCGUGAUGCGUGUCCAGAGCAUGGAAGGAAUGGCGUUCAGCUGCUCCAAGCAAGUAAGAACAGAAAGUUCUCAAGCCUUGACCUCAAAAAGGCUCUAUUCAUCCCAUUAUUUUUUCCUCCAUUGUAGACCUAAAGGUAUUACCUGCAUUUAAGUAUCUUAGUCUUAGGUUUUCCCAUCCAUUUCUUUGAACAUUCCAUACACCUGCAGGCGGGCUAAUCCACCCUAAUUCGCCCGUCUCGGCCUCCGCAUCGUCACGAGCACAGUGAACAGAAGAAGGUUUAUAUCAGUCGUGGUUUCAAACUUAUAUGCGUCUCAUUAAAUUUAACGUGCAAUCGGUCUCACCGCGCUAUCAUGAAAAUUCUUACAUAUUAAUUUCUUAUUGAUUAAAGAAAGUGUGUAGAGUACAACGUACAUUUAUUUUCGUGCUGUACUGCAAGUAGUGUGGAUGAAUCUUCUUCGAUGCAAAUAAUUUAGAUAGAAUAUAACAUUUUGUGUGUCAAUUAAGGAUUGUAUGAUAAAAAUAUUAGUAGAGGAAUUACAAGCAUCAAGACUCCAUAAUGGGACAAAAGGAUUUAGUUAUCGUGGGCUUGUAAGUGCGGUGAAGUUGAAGAGUGGUUCAUUCCUUCGUGUUUGACAAAGCCCGCAUGGAUUGAGUGAAAAUUAGUGCUGAUAUUGUUGGUUUGUAUGUUUAUAUUUUGGUAUGAGUGCAGGCAUGCAUGUGACUGGAGCUUCGAUGAUUAUAUUACUCUACUCGGAUGGCUAAAACCCAGAAGAGGGCCAUCUUCAUACUCGCCUCCGUGAGAGCCACAAAUCCUGGUUAUAUUACCAUUCUUUUCUCCCGUCUGAUCCACCGUUUGCACAUUUUCAGCUAGAUCCACAGUUGCGUAGAUCCUAACACCAUUUUGAUAUUGAAGUACGUAGCUCCGGUUCCUAGUGGGAAAGACGUGUAGAACGUUUUCUUUGCAUUGCUCAUUAGACAUGCAAAUUAACCAAAGUGAUCUGCUUGAAAUGGUUCCUGUUCCGCAUUUCAUUUCUAACUAUAAACAAAUUAGAAUGGAUACAAAUUUUUGAAGAUUACUUUGGCGCAAGAGAAUUAAAAACAUUUACGUUACUCUCAAAAUGAUUUAUCGUUAAAUACAUGCGUCAUCAACAGUACUGAAUGUUUUGGAUCGCCGUUAGUUGAUGCAGCUAACAUUUGGUUGGGUCGUGACAAAUACCGCGUUACUGUCUUUGUCUACGAAUUUCAGUCUCCAAAAAUCUGAAAAAUGCUUCUGACGUGUUUUUCUCUGAAAAUGUUAGCUGCAGUGUAGUUAUUUAACAUUCCAAUGAUGGUAAUGUAUCAAGUUCCUGCUGCAAUAAUACUAAAACAGUUGUUAAUGUUUUAGUCAAGUUUUGAUUUGUCAUUAUAUUUAAAAGUUAUUAUGUACAGUGGAAUCAAAAUACAUGGAUUGUAAUAACAUCCAGUGUUUUAUGUUCAUAAUAAAGAAGUAUUGUAAACCAAAA